AUGGCCGACACACAACUCGCCGGUGCCACGGAAGGCAAUAUGGUCAAGCGCAAGCGCGAGAGCAGCGAUAGCGGUGGCCCAGAUGCCCAGCGCAUCAAUCGAUCAUCUCAUGGAAGCAACGGCAGUCUUCCUGGCCCAGAUGCCCAGACCAACUUCACGCAUAGCUCUCUCGGAUACGACCAUGGCCUGCCCACCAGCGCCACAGAGCUCAACAUCGACCAACAAAUCCUCCAGCACGUUGGACCUCAGAACGGGAUUACCGACGAGAAUGCCCUUACUGCCAAGGCAGCGCUGGCUGCCCAUAAUCCUCAGAACAAAUACCCCCCUCCUCCGGAUACCACGUUCGAUAACAACCUCGCUCAUGGCCUGACGUUUGGAGACGAGAUUGGCCAAAGUAUUGGCGCUGCCCAUAGUCACUCAACUGCUGCUGCAGUCUACGCCGCGCGGGAAGCACAAAGCAUGAACCAAAAACCCACUGUUGGCUCCCCGGAGUGGCACCAAAUCCGCAAGAACAAUCACAAAGAAGUCGAGCGUCGGCGUCGUGAGGCGAUCAAUGAAGGCAUCAAUCAAAUCGCUCGCCUCGUGCCCAACUGCGAUAAGAACAAGGGUGCCAUCUUACAGCGCGCCAUUGAGUACAUUAACCAGUUACACGAGGACAAGAGGCAAAUAAACGAACGAUGGGAACAGAGCAACAUGACGACAACUCAUGCUAUAAAUGAAAUCAGCGCCCAGAACUCGAAACUGAAAGUAGAGGUCAAUCGUCGCGGGGACAUCGCACUAAAGUGGCUUCAAAGGUGUCGUGACGCGGGGCUCGAGUUUGAUGAUUACGAAGAAUCCAAGGAGCUAGAGGCCCUCGAUGUCGAUCAAAAUCAGGUCUAG